UGUUUGGGAAAAAAAAACACUUCACGGGAGGAGGAGGUAGAGGGGAAAAUGAAGUUCAUUAUACAACUCGCCGGCCCUCCUAAGUUCCCUCCGUUCCUCCUCCUCUCCUCAAAACUACUCCAGCUGGAGGCUCGGUAUGCGCCGCGGAGCUCCGUAGCUUCACCGGGUACCAGUCCGUAGGCAUGUCGGCCGGGGGCUCCGGGGGAACGGCAACCAGACCUGCGGCGGAUCAUGAUGCAGAUAAGGAGGAGGAGGAGGCAAGCCAAGCAGGAUCCUUGAUGCCAGCUGUUGGGACACAAAGGAAACGAAAGGGAGACACAGAGGAAAGGCAAAGCAUCAGCUUCCAAAUAGAUGAUGACCUCAGCAGAUCUGAAGGAGAGGAUCAGCAAGUCAAAAUGAAGUGCUUCAGGGUGCCUCACUGUCAGGCUGAAAGGCGACGAAGGGAGAAAAUAAACAAUCUCAUUAAGGAGCUGUCUGCCAUGAUUCCUGCCUGUCAGCCCAUGGCUCAAAAACUCGACAGACUCACUGUGCUGCGGAAGGCUGUACAACACCUGAAAGCCCUGAAAGCUGGAGCGCGCGGUACCUUUACAGACUCCACCUGCAAGCCUUCCAUCCUGCCCCAUGAUGACCUUAGGCAGCUUUUGCUCAAGGCUGCAGAAGGAUUUCUACUAGUUGUAAGAUGUGACCGAGCGAAAAUCCUGUUCAUCUCUGAGUCUGUCUCCAAGAUCCUCAACUUCAGUCAGUUGGAGCUAACUGGACAGAGUUUAUUUGAUUUCAUCCACCCCAAAGAUAUCACCAAGGUGAAGGAACAGCUUUCAUCCUCUGAAACGCUUCCUCACCAACUUCCCUCUGAUGCAUCGACCAGGGUCCAGGCUCAGGAGGAGACCCCUGUCAGGGCAUCCCGCUUGGCCAGUGGAGCUCGGCGAUCCUUCUUUUGCCGAAUGAAGCACAGUCGAGUCGCUGGGAAAAAUGAAGACCAGCACUCACAGCCUGGUGCCUCCAAAAAGAAAGACUCUUCCAGGUACUGCACCCUCCACUGUACCGGAUACAUGCGCAGUUGGCCGAGCAGCCAGCUGGACCCGGAGGGUGACGUCGCAGAUACGGAGACCUCCAACCUGAACUGCCUGGUGACCAUGUGCCGCCUCCACCCUCACAUUUCCCAACAGUCCCCUAAAGGCGUCAACGUCAAAACCACCGAGUUUGUUACCCGUUGUGCAAUCGACGGCAAGUUCACUUUUGUAGAUCAACAAGCCACAACAGUCAUCGGUUAUUUGCCGCAGGAAGUUCUAGGCACCUCGUGUUACGAAUUCUUCCACCAGGACGACCUGCAGCACCUCGCGGGGAAACACAUACAAGUUCUUCGAAGCAAAGAGAAGGUUGAGACACAGAGCUACAAGUUCAAAACAAAAUAUGGCUCCUACGUUUCUCUCCAGAGUCAGUGGUGCUGCUUCACUAAUCCAUGGACCAAAGAAGUUGAGUUCAUCGUGUCUGUAAACAGGGUCAUCUCGGGGCCUGCUCACACAAAACAUGAAGAGGAGGCUGGCAGCACUAAAUCACUCCAUGAGGACACAAAGCAAAUACCAGAAAUUCCUGGCCUGUCCCGUAGAGUGGGCACAAUGAUCUACGCAAGCAGCAUCGGGACACAAAUUGCCAAUGAGUUCAUCGAGUCCUACAGCAGAGCAAACUCAUCUCCUUCAAGCGGAGCCUCAAGUCCGUUUGGUUCUGUCCAGGAGAAAUGCCCAGAGAGCAGCAGGAGCGUGAGUGACCCUGCAAAGGCAGCUUCCAGUCGAGAGGAGGCAGCAGGCAGCUCUUCAGAGACCCAGACGGACUCGAGGACAGCAGCUGAUGCUAGAGCUGUGAUGUCUGAGGGCACAGGUGAGUCCAUCCAGCUUGCAGAGGACAUGGAGAGCAUGUUUGUUCCAGGACUGAGCAGCUUCAGCAGCGACGAGGCGACCAUGGAGGUAAUUGUGAGCCUGCUGGAGACGGACAUAAACAUGGGUCAACCUGGAGACUUUGAGGAUUUAAACUGGCAUUUCUAGAGGGACUCUCAGCUCCUCUUUCAUGUUUUUGUGCCCUUUUUUCACUUUUCGCUCUUCGCUGAAGACUUACCUAGCCAAGUGCUGCCACUGGACUUUUACCAAAUGCUGCAAUGUGUCUUACUUGAACACAGCCAGAGAUAAUGUGCUAUUCUGUUAGGUCUGUGACUGGUGCUCAAGGGAAUGUGAGGUUAAAGGCCUCCGGGAGGAAAUGUGUCCACAUCAAGUAGAAAAAGGCUUUCCAUAAAUCAACGACACAUUCGCUCGGCUGCUAAAGGGGACCAAAACGAAGAAGAAUCAGACUCUUGCCAUUUGCAGUGCUGCUAGAAGAACUCUUCAUUCUGUUUGAGUCCUUUGGUCAACAAGAACUGCAAUUUUUCCUUUGGUGUGCUGUUAGAUAUCUUAUUUUUUUUUUUUACAGAACUUUCAUUGCAAAUGUUUCAAGCAAAAUAAAAAUCGAAUUACAUUCA